GUUGAACCGGGAAAGUUGCGCGGUCGAUCAUUCUCAGUCGUAUUAAGUUCGAAAUAAAAAUUUAUAUUUAUUUUGUUGUGUGUUUCUUCUCCACAUAACAUCUUGUGAAUCUUUCUUCUGUGUAACAAAUAAGAAGCAAUUUAUUUCUUUUCUUACAUCUCGAAAUGGAUUCUUUUUGAGGCAAGCAAAAGAAGAAGAAAUUGCAGCACGUAUGAUAUUAAGAAAAUGUGAAUAAUAAUAAUAAAAAAAAUUGAGAAGAAUUGUGUGAAAUGUGAAAGAAGUUUAUAAAAGAAAAAAAAAAUAAUUUUUGAUCCAAUUCAUAAAAUAAUAAAAGAGAAUAAGUUAAUUAUAAAAAAAAAAAUUGUUAAGUGUGUGAACCAAAAAUUUUAAAAAGUUCUUGCAGCCCAGUUUGUUUUCGUGUGCAAAAAAAUAAAAUAAAGUGCUCGGCGAUAAGCAUCAACGCGAAGAACCAAAAGCCAUGAACUAGCAACACAAUGGAUGACUUUGAGAAUAUGACAGAAUUCUCGCCAUUUACAUGGCAACCAGUCUAUUCGGAUGGAUCUCGAGGAGAUGUUAUGGACUUUAAUAUAGCGAUCGAGCAUCAAUCACAACUAUCAUCAUCGCGUGGAAUUUUAGAGACAAUUGUCGAAGAGACAUCAGAUGAUGAAGAGAAUGGACUUUAUGGGAAUGGAAAAUGGUCAGAAAAUGACAGUUUUAGUUCUGGUUCAUCUGAAACUGGUUCAGUUGUGCAUGUCGAUGCUCAAAAUGAUCAAGACAAUCAGGACACGUUGUCUGAACGCGACUUUAUUUGUCCUCCAAAGCGACGCAGGCAGGAAAUUGACCAAUCAAAACUCGACUUCAUUCCAACAUCGUCACUGUUUAGUCAAUUAUUGAAUGUUCCAAAUGCAGUACACAAUGAGAAUGGACUUUUUGACAGUUACUUCAUGAAGCAGACUGACCUUCGGUACCGAUUCGAUGAAUUGGGCGUUGAACUCUUCUCAGACUCUGAUCGUCUAUCCUAUACAUCACUUAGUCGCUCAUCGUCGCUAAUACAAUUCGAAUCAUUAGAGCGACAACUUCAGAACGAUACACAAAUAUCGGGAUCAUCACCGUCAAUAUACUCGUACGAGGGUGCCAAUACAAAUUGUAGCAACGGCACAGUACUUAAUAAUCAAGAGAUUAUCGAAAAGUCUGCACCUAUAGCCAUUAAUUUGCCCACAAUUAAAAUAACAAAUCCCCCACCAAUAACAGCUGUGACUGUUGUGUCGAGUGGAAUACAAUUUACAAAUUCCGAUUCUGAGCCAUAUUCCAGUGGUAGUACAAGUGGAAGCUUUUCAAGUGACGAUUGUGAAUUACAUCAAGUUGAGAAGAAGCCAAAUGAUUCAUCACUCUCAUCAUCAUCCUCAUCAUCGACAGCAUCGUCUGAUAGUAAGCCUAAUACACCAGUAAUAAGCAAAUCAAGUGAGAAUAAAAAGAGAUCAUCGCCUAAUUUUCGUGCAAAGAAUUCUAUUGAUAGUUUGAGUGAAGAUUCGGGAUAUUGCGAUAUUCGUGAUAUUCGGUCAUUGCCUAAUUGUGCUUUCUCGCUUGAUUCCUCAUUACCAAAUAGUAACGAUUUAGAGGACGAAGACGGAAGUGUUAUUGAGGAAAAGAGCAUCCUAAGUGGUCUCAAUCAAAUGCGUAAUUUAUCGCUUAAUUCACGUAUCCGUAGUCACUCCGAGGAUGAUGAUGACGAUGACAUAUGCUAUCACAGCAUGGAGAGUCUAAAUCGUAAAUUUAAAUCCCGCAAAAUUGAGAUGAAUAUUGAAGAUUCUAAGUCGCUCAUUUCUGCAGUUACAGCUACAACAACGACAUCAUCACAACGUCGUGAAUUAAAAAUAGAUGCGCCGAAGGAGCAACGAUUAAACGAACACAACACGAUGGUUAUAAAUAAGACGGAAAAUUCACGGCAUUCGUUCGAAAUUCAGCGCGAGAAAUUCAUUUCCAUCAGCUCACCGGAGCUCUAUGAGAACGGUGACAAUUCCAGAAAGGGUGCGCGUUUAAAACUCAAAAGAAAUUUUCGUCAAUCAAGUGAUCAAUUUCGUGACUUUUGUUGCAUUUCAAGUGUGCCUGAAAAUUUAAAUUUAAUAUCUAUAGAUCGUGAAAAUUCCUGGCCAGACAUCACGUGUGAUACCGUUGCGAGUAAAAACGUUAACCUAUUUGAUUUAAAUUACGGUCCGAGUUCGGUUUCGAGUCGACAAAAGGUCGAUAUAUCAGCAAGUUGUGCUAAUUUGACCUUGUUAAAUUAUUCAGACGAUCCCACAGUUGAUUUUUGUUAUGAUUCUCACAAAUUGAUGCCAAUAAAUCGCACAAAAACAUCAACAAUGAGUAAAAUGCCACCACCACCAAUGUAUAACAGUGAUGACGAGGAAGACGAGGAUUAUAUUGCAACAUAUCGUAGUAAGGAGCUAACGUCACUACUUGAAGAGAUAUCAGCGCAUUUUAAUAAGAAUUUAUCAAUUUUAAAUGAUCGUGAGGCUUCCUUUGAACCACAGACUGAUGUUAGAGAUGAUUUAAGUAAAAUAAAUAGCAGUAAAAAUGGUGAUGAGAAGAAAAUAGAAGCACCAAAACCACCGCCAAGAGCGCGAACUCAAAUUAAGACAAGUCCGAAUCAUUCAGCGACAACGAAAAAGUCAACAUUCGAUCAAGAUCCAACAAAUCUUAAAACUACAUACACACAGAGUCUAGAAAAGUGUAAUUUUAAUGUUGAUGAGCCAAUUAAUGUUUAUAGUUCCCGUCAAAAUAUCUACCUGCCGGAUAUAAAUGAUGCACCGAAAUCUGAUGACCUGCAAUCACCCGUACAUAAGCGAAACUUUGUAUCGAGUACGCCCAAUUUGAAUUAUUUUGAUUUUGAGAUGCGUCACGUUCAGCAUUAUAGUUCAAUAGACAAUACAGCAUUAAGUGUCGAUCAUCUCGACCCGUCAUUUGGAACAAGCGAUGAGAAUCGAUGUACAUCAAUGAAGGAAAUUCCAUCAUCACAUUCACGAACUAGUUCAACAGGAAUUCUCGCAUCACAUUCUACGGGUGGCUCACGAAGUGGAUUGUCUGUGAGUUUCUGUCCAAUUGUUAGUGAAAUAAGUUGGCAAAUAAGCCAUGACGAUGAUGAAGAAGAAUUUUCCGAUGAUGUCGAUAUGGACCCAUCAGCUGGCGAUAAUUUUAAGGGAAUGCGGAAUGAUUCACUCGUUAACUACUACAACAAUGAAGAAAAUCAUACUGACGAUGAUGACGAUGAUGAUGAUGAGGAAGAUUUUGAUGAUUUUCGUGCGGUCGGUACGUCAACAACAUUAAUACCACAAAAUAUUCAUGUAAAAACACAUGAUGAUCAUGUUGAUACAACACCAAUACAAAUAAAUGAAGUGCAACAUUCACACAAUCAUGAAAGUAAUGAAGCAACACAACCGAUCAUUGAAAAUAAAGCAUCAACACAUGUAGACAAUGAAACAAUGGAGCAUUCAGCAAUUGUUGAAUUAAAUAAAUCGCUCAUCAGUCAUAAAAUGCUCGUUGAGACGCAAACACCAAGUGAAAAAUUAAUUACGGCUGAAUGUCAAUCAGCUGGUGUUGUUGAAAUGGAUACAAAAGUUACUGGGCAAUCUCUCACGACAGUUCCGCAGAAAAUUGUCAAUGAGAAAUCACAUAAAAGUUCAAAACCCAAAAAAUCAAUUUUCUCGCGUAUUUCGUCCGGUUUUCGAUUCUCAUUUCGCGGUAAAAAGAAUAAGAAAAUUGUGAGUGACGGUGUCGUACAUUAUCCAGUUGAAACGAAUAAUAAUAGCAAUGCUAAUGAAAAGCAUUUCCUCCCACCACCCCAACAGCCACAACAGAGUGUUGAGAAUAAAGUAUGUACUCCAAAAUCAACAGUCAUUGGCGAUUUUGUUUAUAUUUCGCUAAAAGAUCCAAAUGAUAAUGUGAGAAUUUUCAAUCCACAGAAUGAUAAAUUAGCAUCAGAUUUACAUCAAAAGUUGCAAAAUAACAACAACAACAAUAAUAAUAAUAACGUUGAGGUGGUAAUAACAUCGCCAGAUGCUGCUGUCAUAUCAGUUGAUCGUCAAUCGCGUCCGAUGAACAAGCAACAGCGUGAAUCACCACCGAGAACAAAUCAGGUAAUGGGAAAACCACCCUUGCCGAAGCAACCACCUCGUAUUGUCGGUACUACAACAAAACGACCUAAUGCGCAGGCACCGAGAGCAUCAUCUACACCACGGGAAUACGAGGAUGGUGAGUUUUAUCAACAGAACAUGAUUGGCAAUGGACUGAAGCAGCAGUAUUAUACGGAUCGAGCCAGAACCAUGGAUAGUGGACAUAAAAUCGGUUUAAUUGAGACAAAUUUAGAUACGGACGAGACAAUAAUAAAUGGCAAGACACAAAGUCUUAUGGAGUUGGGAAUUGGGCAAAAUCAUAAUACAAAUCGUAGUGGAAUAAUGAAUCGUAUUGCGGGUAUGGGUGGUGUGCAAGUGAUGCAAAAUGUUGAUACAAAUAUUAAUAAUUGUGGCAAUAAUAGUGAACGUGGUAGACCACACAAAAGUAUGGAAUUCUUAUUGGAUAAAGAGAAUCAUCACAUUAUACUGCGACAAGAUGAAAAUCUUCAAGGCCUUGUCUAG